GAGAGAGAGAGAGAGAAACAGAAGAAGAAGAAGAAGAAGAAGAAGAAGAAGAGAAGAGUAGAAAGAGAGAGAAAUUUUUUAUUAUUCUUACAGAGAUGGGGCGGUUACGUUGUUCAGUCUCAAUCCUUCUAUCCCUUGCUUUCACGUCCAUCGCCAGUGCAGCUUUCGACGUCGCCACCAUUCCAUUCCAAGAAGGUUACAGUCCUCUAUUUAGUGACUUUAACAUCCACACUUCACCGGACGGCAAGGGCGUCAACCUCCACCUCGACAAAUUUUCCGGUUCUGGUUUCAUCUCCUCAAGCCUCUACAACCAUGGAUUCUUUAGUGCCAAUAUCAAACUUCCGGCCGAUUACACCGCCGGCGUUGUUGUCGCCUUCUAUACAUCGAACGGAGACGUGUUUGAGAAGACACAUGAUGAGCUAGAUAUUGAAUUCAUGGGGAACAUAGGUGGAAAACAGUGGAGCUUUCAGACGAACGUGUAUGGUAAUGGGAGCACCAACAGAGGACGGGAAGAACGGUACCACCUAUGGUUCGACCCAACUCAGGAUUACCAUCGUUACAGCAUCCUCUGGACCCACCAAAACAUCAUCUUCUACGUUGAUGAGGUCCCUAUCAGGGAGGUGCAUAGCGACGCCAUGGGCGGCGACUACCCUUCGAAGCCAAUGGCACUAUACGCAACAAUAUGGGAUGCAUCAUCUUGGGCUACUUCGGGUGGCAGGUAUAAGGUGAAUUACAAGUAUGCACCAUUUGUUGCAGAGUUCAAAGAUCUUGCCCUCCAAGGUUGCCUCGUUGAUCCGAUCCAACAGGUUCCCAAUACUGGAUGCUCCGAGAAGAUUAAUGAAUUGGAGAAAGCAGACUAUGCGGUCAUCACCCCGGCACGCCGUUCUGCUAUGAAGAAAUUCCGGCAGAAUUUCAUGUACUACUCUUAUUGUUAUGAUACCCUCCGGUAUCCGGUCACUCUACCCGAGUGUGUCGUGGAUCCGAUAGUAAAAAGAAGGUUCAAGAACACCGGGACAGUCAAGUUUGGUGGCCGCAGCCAUCGUCGUUCCAAGAAGAUUCGGGUUCCUUCAUCAGCCGGGACCCAUAACUCGGUUCAUGGCAUUUAAUAAUUUUUUUUUUUGCUACGUAAAUGAAAACGUUGUUUAUAUGUAGUGGGUCUUGAUUCUUUCUUUCUUUAGUUAUUCAAUUUUGGAAAUUUUGUUAUUUAUAAUGGAAUUAUUUAUUAGUUUGUAUCA